AUGUUUGACCCUGGAGCCACAUUGGGGGACAUACCACUUCCUACUUUGCAUUCUCAAUUUCCCGAGCAGCCUAUGGUAAAGCCUACUCCCCAAAUGUACACCAAUCCUGCUAUGGUAUGGAGCACCCCCAACUCAGCACCAGCCCAGCAUGUAGGCCCUAUGCCAGUCGGGCCACCGAUAGAGCCCCUGAAUCCUACUCUCGGAUCUACCACAUCGUUUCAGAAGCCAGCUACCUUGCACCCGAUGAACCCCCCUCAAGGAUCUCAGUUUCCAACAAAUGCCCCUGCUCAGAGACACCCAGUGCCGAAGCCCCGGGUGCCUGACCCUGGCAACCAGCAGGCAUACGAAGCAUGGAUCGAAUGGCGCAAGGCAAACGAGCCUGGCUAUGCCAUAGAGUGCAAGCUAAGGCAGCAACGUCGAGCCCAAAGGAACAUGGGAAGCAAGCCGCAUGCACAGGCUUCGAGAAGUCUGGAAGUGAAAUCAACCGCUUAA